AUGGGAGUAGAUUGUUUAUGUUUAGCAAGCAAUGAAUCAGAUCUUUCAAGGUGGGGUUUCAACUUUGGUGGUAACGGAGCAGGACCAGGUGGUAGUAAUGGGUCUUGCGAAGAAUCAGACUUGAGACCUGAGAGGAACCCUUUGGACCUCAACAACUUGCCUGAAGAUUUCAGUAUUAGAGAUGGCAAACAAGUCUUGGAUGAUUCCUCUUCAGCUUCUGGCUACAGGAAAAAGAAAAGCGGCGCUAAGGAUGGGAAAGAUGAGUGCGGGAAGGUCUAUCAGUGUAGGUUUUGUUCCCUCAAGUUCUGCAAAUCUCAAGCUCUUGGGGGACACAUGAACCGCCACCGACAAGAGAGGGAGACAGAGACACUGAACCGGGCUCGUCAGCUCGUCUUCAGUAACGAUAACCUAGCCGCUCAAGGAACCCCUCAUCUAGGGUGCCAUCCAAUCACCGCAGGAAGUUACCAUCCAGCAGGACAUAUUGGAGAUCCAUUCAGAUCAGUGUACCCGCCAAGACUAUUCACUGGUUCUUCUUCUACUAUGAUACCACAGCCACCGCCAGCACCACCACCUCCACCGCCGUCACAACCACUGCAACCUCCCUACCCUUACCCUUCAUCUUCACGCCUAACUUCCUACUCCACACAGUACCCUCCACAUCAUCCCAUGAACGAGUACUACGUCGGCCACGUCCUCACCAGCCCCUCUUCUCAUUCCCAUUCCCAACACCCUCACCAAAACCUAAAUUACAUGGGCGCACCGGGUGAGUCAAACUACACAUGCAUUGGCGCGCCAGUCGGGCACGGGUUCAUCGCCGGUUCAAGCCGUGGUGGUGGCAAUGAUUUAAGCGGAGGAUCGUCAGGAGGGAGAGACGGGUCACUGAGCAAUCAGGAGGAGGGAUUGAAUUGGGGAAGGAGCUAUGCAGCAGGAGGAGGGACACACAUACAGCCACGUUUGGAUCCUCCUUUCUAGCUAAUUACAUUACAUUAAAGUGAUAUUAAUGUUUAAGUAAGGUUUAAGUAGGAUUGAAUAAAUGAAUGAAGUAAGUACUGUUGAAAGAAAUUUAUGUGGUUUAACACGGCACCCACAGAGAGAGAGAGAGAGAGAGAGAGAGAGAGAGAGAGAGAGAGAGACAUAACAAACUGACAAAUGGGGUCAUGCAAGGAAGGAAAGAAAGAGGAGUUUUUGGUUUAUGUACAGAAGAUGGGGUUUUGGGGGCAGCUUUUUGAGAUCAUGUACACGCUCAGCUAGUUUGGUUUUGAGCUUAGGGGAUUGUUGUACUAUAACCAUCUGUUAAAAAUGGGGACUAGAGCUUUGGA